AUGAAGGAGAUGAAGUUCCCGAACUACCUGCCGCAGACUGAAGCAGACCACGAGUCCUCGCUGCGAUGCGCCAACUGCGCGGCCACCAUCUGCCUCACCUCGCAGGUCGUCAGCAAGGGCUUCACCGGCCGCCACGGACGAGCGUAUCUCGUAGCUGACCCCAAAGCUGCCCAUCCGGCCGCCAGCGCGCUCGCAAACACAGUCGCCCACCGCGCCGUCGCCCGGCAGCUCGUCACCGGCGCCCACACGGUCAGCGACAUCGCCUGUCGCUUCUGCCACUCGGUGCUGGGCUGGAAGUACAUCGCGGCCGAGGACGAGAGCCAGAAGUACAAGGUGGGCAAGUUCAUCGUCGAGAGCAAGCGGAUCAGCCUGUCCUCGUCCUGGGAGCGGCCUUCAUCUACUUCUACUACAACAUCUACUACAUCUACGGACGGGGUCAAGGGCGACGAGAUCGAGUUCGAUAGCCAGGACGAAGACGAGUGCGAGGAUCUGUUCUCUGGUAUAUGGACUCCCUCUCUGGCCAAGCGGAGGCGUAGGCGGAAACAACGCUCGUCGUAA